AUGUUGAAGAAAGGUGUGAGCCCUGAUGGCCACACGUUUCCCUUUUUGCUCAAUGGUCUUAAGUUGGGUGAAGCGUUGGCUUGUGGUAAGAAGCUGCAUUGUCAUGUUGUGAAAUUCGGAUUAGGUUGUAACGUUUAUGUGCAGAAUGGGCUUGUGCAAAUGUACUCGUUGUGUGGAUUGAUUGAUGCUCGUGGGGUUUUUGAUAGGGGAAGGAAAGAGGAUGUCUUUUCUUGGAACUUGAUGAUCUCUGGGUGUAAUAGGAUGAAGCAAUAUGAAGAAAGCUUGAGACUUUUCGAGGAGAUGGAGAGAAAAUUUGUUGUACCUACUUCUGUUACCUUAAUUCUUGUUCUGUCUGCUUGCUCUAAGGUUAGGGAUAAGGAUGUCUGUAAAAGGGUUCAUGGAUAUGUUAGUGAGUGUACGAGAGAGCCUAGUUUGAGGUUGAUGAAUUCUCUGGUUAAUGCAUAUGCUGCUUGUGGGGAAAUGGAUAUAGCGGUUAGGAUUUUCAACACUAUGAAGACUAGAGAUGUGAUAUCUUGGACAUCUAUUGUUAAAGGGUUUGUUGACAUAGGGAAUUUAGAGUUAGCAAGGAUGUAUUUUAAUGAUAUGCCAGUGAGAGAUAGAAUUUCUUGGACUAUUAUGAUCGAUGGUUACCUACGAGCUGAUUGCUUUAAUGAAUCUCUGGAAAUUUUCCGUGAGAUGCAAAAUGCAGGCAUGGUACCAGAUGAAUUCACCAUGGUUAGUGUUCUCACAGCUUGUGCUCAUCUAGGUGCCUUGGAGAUAGGUGAAUGGGUUAAGACAUACAUAGACAAAAACAAGAUCAAGAACGAUGUUGUUGUAGGGAACGCUUUGAUCGAUAUGUAUUUCAAAUGUGGGUGUUCUGAGAAAGCACAGAAGGUUUUCCAUGAAAUGUGUCAGAGAGACAAGUUCACAUGGACGGCGAUGGUUGUUGGUCUUGCCAAUAAUGGACGAGGUGAAGAUGCCAUUAAAGUUUUCUUUCAAAUGCAAGACGUGUCGAUACAACCAGAUGAGAUUACUUACCUCGGGGUGCUCUCUGCUUGUAACCAUAGUGGUAUGAUAGAGCAAGCAAAGAACAUCUUCUCGAAGAUGAGAAGUGAUCAUAGGAUUGAGCUGAGUUUAGCACAUUAUGGAUGUAUGGUUGACCUGCUUGGUCGCGCUGGGAUGGUGAAGGAAGCGUAUGAGAUGAUAAUGAACAUGUCAAUGGAUCCAAACUCGAUUGUGUGGGGAGCUUUGCUCGGGGCUUCUAGACUUCAUAAUGAUGAAGUAAUGGCUGAGUUGGCAGCUAAGAAGAUUCUAGAGUUGGAACCUGAUAAUGGGGCUGUAUAUGCUUUGUUAUGCAAUAUAUAUGCAGCUUGUGAAAGAUGGGAUGAUUUGCGAGAAGUGAGAAGAAAGAUGGUGGAUAUAGCUACCAAGAAGAUACCAGGGUGUAGUUUGAUUAUAGUAAACGGUGUUUCUCAUGAGUUUGUUUGUGGAGAAAAGUCACAUCUUAAAUCAGAAGAGAUUUACAUGAAACUAAAAGAGUUAGCUCAAGAGUCAACGUUUGCAGGGUACUUGCCUUCUGAGUUAUUGUUCGAAGCUGGGUAAGAUUAGAGAGAACCCUGAGAUGAUGAAAAUUUCCAUGGGUUGUGACUAUCAAUGAUGAAGCUAGUGCUGUAGAUAAGUGACAGUACAUGGUUCAGUUAAUACCUUCACUUGGAAGCUGGAACAUGUAUGUGAAGCCUACAGGGUAGAUUCAUAAAUUUAUCUCUUUGCCGAGUCCCGGAAACAAACUGGGAGAUCAACCCUAGGCCAGCCUUCGUGGACCAAUCGCAUGGCAAUGUACAGUGUAGGCUUUUGAAAAAGUGCUGGAGACUCACCUGCACACACUGUGCAUAGCUCUCUGACUGGAUCCGAGUACUUAGUUCUGGUCUUCUACAGGAGCCUAAGACUUCUCACCUAUAUGCUUCUGGAACUUAGAGGCAGACAACUUGCUUAUCAAGAACAUUCAGAACAUCAAUUCUUGAUAUGAUCCAAUAUAGUUUUGUAACUUAGUGGUGUUUGCCACUUGUAUAAUCCCUUCACGUGUAAUAAAAG